AUGCAAACCAAUAAACGAUUUCUCUUUGCCUUCUGUGCCCUUUUCCUACUUGCAUUUGCCAUUUCUUCUAUUUCGAAACUUACAAAUAACCACCAUGGAGUUUCAUUAUUUACACAAACUACCCCUCUUCACAUCCACCUUCACAAACGCAUCCAAACACAAACAGCACACACACAUUGCGACGGCUCACUCUACUACCAACUCUGCCUAGAAACCCUCACCACCAUCCUACCGGACCUCCGAUCAAAAUCCCUACCGGAAAUCAUAUCCGCCACCAUUAACCACACCGUCAACGACGUUAAAUCCACCGACUUCAAUGUCACCGCCAUCCGCCGGAAACUUCACAACCUCAACGCUCUCGAAAUCCGAGCACUCGACGACUGUCAUUCGYUGUUUCUCSAAACCRUCAYUCAMCUCAACUCCGCCAUYUCCGACCUCAAACGACCGCCGUAUAACAAACACAACAACCUCCGAACUCUGCUUAGCGCCUCCAUGACCAACCAGGCCACGUGUCUCGAUGGGUUUGCGCUUAGUAAUUCGAGAAACAAGGUACGACGGUACUUCCGUAAGCCGUUACGUAACAUUUCUCGUCAGAUCAGCAACUCGCUUGCUUUACUGAAGAAAAUGAAAGAAACGACGUCGGAAACGGCGGAGACGUUCCCGGAGUACAGCAAGAUGUGGGAUGGGUAUCCUAAGUGGGUGAAGAAGAAGGAGAGGGCACUGCUGCAGGCGGCCGUAAAGGAGACGGAAUACGAUUUGGUGGUGGCGAAGGACGGCAGCGGGAAUUUCACGACGAUCGGAGAAGCUUUGAAUGUAGCUCCGAACGGUAGUACGACGAGAUUCGUGAUAUAUAUAAAAGCAGGAGCUUAUUAUGAGUAUUUGGAGAUCGAUAGCAGGAAGACAAUGGUGAUGUUGGUGGGAGAUGGGAUCGGAAAAACGCUGAUUAAAGGUAACCGGAGCGUCGUCGACGGCUGGACUACUUUCCGGUCGGCCACCGUCGUUGCGGUUGGCAACAAUUUCAUAGCCAAAGGUAUCACCUUCGAGAACUUCGCCGGAAUCAGCAAACACCAGGCGGUGGCGUUACGGAGUGGUUCUGAUUUCUCCGUCUUCUACCAAUGCAGCUUCGUCGCCUUCCAAGAUACUCUCUACGUUCACUCCUUCCGCCAAUUCUUCCGUGAAUGCGACAUCUAUGGCACCGUCGAUUUCAUCUUCGGCAACGCCGCCGUCGUCUUCCAAAAAUCUAAUCUGUACGCUCGUCAACCAGAUCCAAACCAGAAAAACCUUUUUACAGCUCAAGGUCGAGACGAUCCUAACCAAAACACCGGUAUUUCGAUUAUGGAAUGCAAAAUAGCUGCCGGAUCUGAGUUGAUUCCGAACCAAACGAUGUUCAAGUCGUACCUAGGGCGGCCGUGGAGAGAGUAUUCAAGAACUGUGAUCAUGCGAUCACAUAUAGGCGAUCUAAUUGAUCCUGCCGGUUGGUUAGAGUGGUCAGGUGAUUUCGGUUUGAAUACACUUUAUUAUGGGGAGUAUAUGAAUAGAGGUCCAGGAUCGAAUACGAGUGGUAGAGUUAGUUGGCCGGGAUAUAAAGUGAUCGUGAAUUCGACGGAGGCCGGCCAAUUUACGGUCGGGAAUUUUAUUCAGGGAGGCGAUUGGUUGAAUGCUACCGGAGUUCCCUAUUACCUUGGAUUGAACUGAAAACAGAGGUUCGUUCUCUUCGAAUUGUAGCAGGUUUGUGCUCGAAUUCUGAUCAAAUUCAUGGAUUUGAAGCAUAGCAUUGUUAUUAUUGAGAUAGAUUCAUGUUUUUCGUUGUAUUAUCAAGCAAAAUAUCUCUUGUAACAUUUGAAUUAUAUUUGCGAAGAUGCUAGGUUGGUUAAUGAGAAA